AUGAUUGAUUUAUUUGGUUUUCUACGUUUUAUAAUCAAUUUAAUACUUUAUCCAUUUGCUGUAGCAUUUCUUACCUUUUAUCGUUGUUUGCAAUGGUUAGGCUUACAACCAAUUGCUUAUAAUUAUCAAGAUCAAAUUGUACUUAUAACUGGUUCAGCAAAUGGUCUUGGAAGAGAAAUAGCGUUGACAUUUGCAAGAGCUGGUGCUUCAUUAGCACUUUGGGAUAUUGAUGAUAUUGGAAAUCGUGAAACUCAACAACAAUGUUUAGCAAUUUUACAUAGUCAUAAUUAUACAAGUCGUGUACGAAUAUAUCAUGUUGAUGUAACACGUGCAACUGAAGUUUAUGCAUAUGCAGAACGAGUUCGUUAUGAUCUUGGACAAAUAUCAAUACUUAUUGCUAAUGCUGGAUAUGUUAGUGGUCGAUCAUUAUUAACUGAAUCUGACGCUGAUAUUGAACGUACAUUUGAUGUUAAUUCAUUGUCACCUAUUUGGUUAAUUAAAGCAUUUUUACCUUACAUGCUUGAUGCUAAUCGUGGACAUGUUGUUCUUAUUUCUAGUGUUCUUGGUAUACAUGCUUGUCAUGGUCCAGUAACUUAUGUUUCAUCAAAACAUGCUAGUUUAGGUCUAAGUCGAUCACUUCGUCUUGAUAUUCAUGCAACGCAUCCAAAUUCUCGUGUAUUUAUUCAUUGUAUUUGUCCAUAUUUAAUGCGAACAAAAAUGUUUAAUCCAAUGCUCACUCAGAUUUCAUUGAAAUUCAUAGUACCAAUUAUUUCUCCACAUUAUGUUGCUAAACAAGUAUUAGAUGCUAUUGAAUGGCGUCGAAAUGAAGUUAUAUUACCAUAUCAUUUAAAAUAUAUUGGUUUUAUUAAUGAUUAUCUCUUACCGGCAUGGUUUUCUGAAUGGUUUUUAUUUCAAGUAUCGGGUAAACGACCAUUGGAUGCAUUUAAUAAAGAUAAUGAAGAAGAUACUCGUGAAAGAAGAAGAAAACAAGUCAAUACAGGACAAGCAGAAAAUAUUGAUUUAAUCUGA